UAGUUCGGUCCCCACAGUCCUCUUCUCUGCUCACACAGGAAGCUCAGGAAGCCUCUGCCUCAGAGAUGCUGCUGCUGCCGCUCCUGCUGCCACUACCCCUACUGUGGGCAGGGGCCCUCACUGAGGAUGCAGGAUUCCGGCUGGAGGUGCCAGAGUCUGUGAGGGUGCAAGAGGGUCUGUGCGUCUUUGUGCAUUGUUCAGUCUUCUACAUACAGUAUGGCUGGAAAGAUUCUACUCCUGCUUAUGGGUACUGGUUCCGGGAAGGGGUCAGUGUAGACCGGGACACUCCAGUGGCCACAAACAACUCAACUCAAGAAGUGUGGAAGGAGACCCAGGGCCGAUUCCACCUCCUCGGUGAUCCCGGGAGGAACAACUGCUCCCUGAGCAUCAGAGACGCCAGGAGGAAGGAUAAUGGUUCAUACUUCUUUCGGGUGGAGAGAGGAAGAAUAAAAUUUAGUUACAAAUAUCCCCAGCUCUCUGUGCAUGUGACAGCCCUGACCCACAAGCCUGACAUCCUCAUUCCGGAGUUCCUGAAGUCUGGCCACCCCAGCAACCUGACCUGCUCUGUGCCCUGGGCCUGUGAGCAAGGAACACCCCCCAUCUUCUCCUGGAUGUCCGCUGCUGCCACCUCCCUGGGCCCCAGGACUCUCCACUCCUCAGUGCUCAUGAUCACCCCACGGCCCCAGGACCACGGCACCAACCUCACCUGUCAGGUGAUGUUCCCUGGAGCUGGUGUGGCCACGGAGAGAAUCAUCCAGCUCAGUGUCUCUUAUCCUAAAAUGAACCCAGCGAUUGAAGCCUCCCUAGAAGAUGGAACAGGGAAAUCAGGAACCAUAGCAGAGGUGGUUGUUUUGGCCGUGGGAGUAGUGGCUAUGAAGAUCCUGCUUCUCUGCCUCUGCCUUAUCAUCCUCAGUGUCAAUUUCUACAAGAAGGCAGCAGUGAGGGCAGUAGAAGUCCAGGAGAAUAGGCUCACACUGCAGCUGCUGCUGCCCCUGCUGUGGGCAGAAGAGUGGGCCUCGGGGGGAGGGGCCGUGGGGCUAAGCUGGGUUGACCCUUGUUUCCCCACAGGGGCCCUGGCUCAGGAUAUGAGAUUCCGGCUGGAAGUGCCAGAGUCAGUGACGGUCCCUCCACAGGGCUGCAGACAUCUCCAAGAUCAGGGCUCUGCUCUGCAUCAGCACCACGGACACCACCACCGUCGUUGCCUGGGCAACACCAGGAGCCAGAGCCUGUCCUGGGAAGAGGGAGCGCCCCCUAGGGACAGUGUCCUGUCUCCUGCUGGGGUUGGUCACAUGCAGAAGUCAGAACUUUGUAGCUGGCUGGCUGAUGGUUUCCAGUACACAUCCACAGCCCUGAGGAAUGGCUCAUCUCUUUCAGUCCUGGAGGGCCAGUCUCUGCACCUGGUCUGUGCUGUUGACAGCAAUCCCCCUGCCAGGCUGAGCUGGACCCGGGGAAUCCUGACCCUGGGCCCCUCACAGCCCUCGAACCCUGGGCUGCUGAAGCUGCCUCGAGGGCAUGUGAGGGAUGAAGGGGAAUUCACCUACUGAGCUCAGAACCUUCGGGGCUCCCAGCAUACCUCCGUGGGCCUCUCCCUGCAGAAUAAGGACACAGGCACUGUGUGGCCUGUGUCAGGAGACACUGGGGCAAUCGGGGGAGCUGGAGCCACAGCCCUGGCCUUCCUGUCCUUCUGUGUCAUCUUCAUCAUAGUCAGGUCCUGCAGGAAGAAAUCAGCAAGGCCAGCAGUGGGCAUCAGGGAUACAGGCAUAAAGGAUGCAAACACCGUCAGGGGCUCAGCCUAUCAGGGCCCCCUGACUGAAACCUGGACAGAUGGCAGCCCCCCAAAGCAGCCUCUCCCAGACACAGCCACCCCCUCCUCAGGGGAGGAAGAAGAGCUCCAGUAUGCAUCCCUCAGCUUCCAUAAGGUCAGACCUCAGAAACUGCAGGGACAGGAGGCCACUGACAGUGAAUACUCAGAGAUCGAGAUCCGCAAGUGA